UUUAUGGACCUAAACACAUCAACAUUGAAAGUAUCAAAGCCGUUUUUUUUUUCUGUUGGCAUUUUGGUCUCUCUUCAUUGGAUCCAUCUGUUGCGUCUCAUUCUCUACCUGUAAUAAAUGUCUUUCGAGUCUAACUUUGAAUGAAAUCUUCUAUGAAAAUAUAACCACAAGCCUCCAAAGCCGAACAGCAAAUGCAAAUAACUAAGCAAAAUUUUGUCUUUAUCAUCGUCCCUUUAUGCAUAUAUAUAUAUCUGCAUUACUUUCCAAAAUGCAAUCAUUCCAUGCCUCACUGUGUCUAUUCCAAAAGUCAUGUCACCUCUAUUUUUUUUAAUGCUUUACACUGUAAUCGCCAAUGGUGACUCCAUCUCUAUGUCUCCUGUCGCAUCUCCAUCUCCAUCACCAAGACCUCUUUUGAUUUCUCCUACGUCUCCUGCUUAUCCUCCCAUGGCUGAAGAUGAAAACAAUGCUCCUGCUCCUUCACCUUCAUACCCACCAGUUGAUAUUUCUCAAGGAAUCAAAGCAGCUUACUGGCCAUCAUUCAAUGGACUUGACCCUUCCUCCAUUGAUACAUCAUAUUUUACUCAUAUUUACUACGCUUUUCUUCCACUCGACCCUGUCUCCUUCAAGCUUAACGUUACACCAUUUCAUCAAGAAAUGAUACCGGAGUUCAUAGCCACCCUCCGUUCUCGAAACCCUCCUGCCAAAGUUCUGUUAUCCAUAGGAGGUGCUGAUCCAAACCAAACCUACUACUUCUCCAUAAUGUCGACGACCAAUCAAACACGUGCAGUUUUCAUCAACUCUACCAUUGAAGUUGGCAGGAAAUAUGGAUUUGAUGGUCUUGAUUUAGACUGGGAAUUUCCUGCUAACGAUCAAGAAAUGAUCAACUUUGCUUUGUUGCUUGAAGAAUGGCAACAAGCUUUAGUUGACGAAGCUGCAACUUCUGGGAAACCACAUCUUCUGCUAACUUCUGCAGUCUACUACUCUUCCAUGUUCACCACUUAUGGUGUUCCAAGAUCAUACCCAGUAAAGGCUAUGAAUAAUUUUCUUGAUUGGAUCAAUCCAAUGUGCUAUGAUUACCAUGGAUCAUGGCAGAACUUCACUGGCCCAAACGCUGCUCUAUUUGAUCCUUAUUCUAAUCUAAGUACUACCCAUGGUGUCGGGUCGUGGAUCGAAGCGGGUGUACCGCCCGAAAAGAUUGUAAUGGGGCUACCUUUAUACGGGCGGACAUGGAAACUGAAGGAUCCGAAUGUUAGUGGGAUUGGAGCAGAAGCUGUAGGAGUGGGACCUGGAGAUGGGGUUUUGAGUUAUAGCGAAAUUGUGGAAUUUAACAGUGAGAAUAAGGGAACAGUUUAUUUUGAUGGAGAAAGUGUGUCUUAUUAUUCUGUUGUCGGAGAUUCUUGGGUCGGGUACGAUGAUACCAUGUCCGUUUACUGGAAGAUCCGGUUUGCGAGAUCACAGGGCCUGGGUGGAUACUUCUUCUGGGCUAUUGGCCAGGACAAUGACUGGACUAUGUCUAGACUAGCGUCCAAUUCAUGGGAUUACAAAUAAAGGGAAUGGAAGAGAUUUGAAGGAGAAAAUAUUUUACCAUAUGAUUUAAUAAUUUUUUACAUGUUAUAAUUAUUUGUAAUUUUUUAUUAUUAUUAAUUUCAACUUUCAAGUUUUCUUUCCAAAUUAGCAUGAAUAGCUGAUUGAAGUAUUAACCUAGGCUUGGCCAGCCUCUAGAUUCCAUCCUCGACAUUUUUAGCCCAGCAACAGGAAUAUUCCACUCAGCUUGGCUGGAUUAAAAAAUAACAAAUUUGAAGUAAUGAACGUUGGAGUUGUGGUAGGAUUCGACAAUAAUGUAGGCCGGCCUGGCAUUUUAAUAUAUAUAUAUAUGCUUGAAUCCUUGGACUCGCAUUUUAAUUUUUAAUUCCAAAUCAGUGAUUUAAACAACAAGUGUGAUUGCCAACUAGUUUAUGUCACUAAUCAAAUUUAGCUUCUGAA